UUGGAGAAGAGCGAGAUGACUGAUGGACAGGGAGGUGCGCGCUGUGGCCCAGCGCACAAACAGGCGGUUGUCCGUGCCUGUGCACGAGGCGGAAGUGGGGCGCUCCUGCUGCACUGGCCGCCGGAGUUGGGGGCGAGCUCGGCGGUGACGUGGGGUGCUCACGUGACCGCGAGCUGCAGAGCGACGCAGCCUUCGGUGCAGUCGUCACUCCCGUCUGGGUACCAGCUCCCCGCUCCCCUGCGCACGGGCGGCUUGGCAUCGGGCCCGCGGCAAGCGGAGCAGGUCUGCCGAACUAAGUGUGGCGGCGGCGCACUCGUGGCGAGGAUCGGAAGGAGCAAGAGACAGCGAGGAUAGGCCCAGGAAAACGAAGAAAUGGAGCAACCCGUGCAGAACGGAGAGGAAGACCGCCCUUUGGGAGGGGGCGAAGGCCACCAGCCAGAAAGAAAUCAUAGACGGGGACAGGCUCGCCGGCUUGCCCCUAAUUUCCGAUGGGUUAUACCCAAUAGACAGGUCAAUGAUGGGAUGGGUGGAGAGGGAGACGAUAUGGAAAUAUUCAUGGAGGAGAUGAGAGAAAUCAGGAGAAAACUUAGGGAGCUGCAGUUGAGGAAUUGUCUGCGUAUCCUUAUGGGGGAGCUCUCUAAUCACCAUGACCAUCAUGACGAAUUUUGCCUUAUGCCUUGAUUCCUGCCAUUUCCAUGAGAUUAAUACUGUGAUUUCCACUGUUGUUCUGUUUUUCCUUGCAUUUUCCUGAUAAUGCCUUUACUGAUCCGUUUGCUGUGAACCUUAUGUAAUUUCAGUGUGUCAGGUGGGUUCUGUGUUACCAGCUUCUAAUUGCAGAUUGCCUUGGCAUCCAAUCUAAGUUUCUGUCAACUGUAAAGUUUCACCCAUUUGCAUGGAAAAAUGUAAAGUUAAUAAAGUAAUUAAAAAGCAA